ACACGAUUCUUCAAUUCAACACAAGGCUUAUGUGGAAAUUUGGACAAUGACAGAGAAAAUGAGUACAUUACAAGCAAUGGAGAACAAACUGAGAGUAUCAAUAUGUUUGGCAAUAGCUGGGCUUAUGAUCCAGAUAACUGUGAGGGUGAAAUGGGUGAUGAUCCUCCAGAUCCAUGUGGUGAUAAUCCUGGCAAAGAAGCAGAAGCUCAAACAAAAUGUCAGAUCAUUACUGACAGUACUGGUCCAUUCCAGAACUGCCAUAGUGUAGUUCCACCUGAAUCAUACUAUGACAGCUGUGUUUAUGAUUUAUGUGCCACUUUACCAGCUGAAUCAGAUCUUUGUGAAGGUGUUGGCAAGUAUGCAGGAGCAUGUUUAGACAGUAACAUUGAAAUUAGAGUUUGGAGAAGAACGAAUUUCUGUC